GAGCUGUAUCGACAUUAUUAAUGCAACCUACUCGCUUCAUCGCCAAUUCGCCGGCACACGGGACUGAGUGACACGGGCGCUGGUUGUAGUACACUCAUCUGGGAGUCCGCGCACUGACACAUGCGCCAUUGCGCAGUCGAAGAUUCUGCUAGAAUCAUGCCUUGCAUCGCGAUCAGCGGCCUACCGCGGCAAGGCUAUCCAGGAAUGGUUGGGCGCUGGCAACUAGGCUGACGGCCAGGACGUUGGAGGCAGUAUAAAGGCUGAUCAUCGUCGCCCCUCUACCAACUAACUGCGCUGUCGGAGCACAGCUCGGUCUCGAAUUUCGAUAAUAACCCCGCCCAUCAUGUCGAGAAUCUUCAUCACCGGAGCAUCAGGAUACAUUGGCGGGCAGGUCUUGCACGACUUAACCGCCGCUCAUCCCGACCUACGAAUCCGUGCCCUGGUCCGCAGCGAGCAGAGCGCCAAGGCCAUCUCGGCAGCGUUUCCAAACAUCGAGACGGUCUCGGGCGAUCUUGACAAUGCGGCCGUCAUCACGGAGGAGGUGAAGGAGGCAGACAUUGUGCUCCACCUUGCGGCCACUGGGCAUCUCAAGAGUGUGCAGACAAUUCAUGAGGCGUUGCGAGCGAGAUCAGCAAAUAAUCCGGCGUACUGGAUCCAAAUCUCCGGCGCCAGCGCCCUGGCCGCGGCCGAGCUCGCCGAUUCCUCCUCCCACGUCCCGGGCUCCGCCAGCGACGCCGUCUUCGACGAUCUCGAUGGGGUGUCGGACAUCAUCUCCGUCAUCAGGGCCCAUCCCUCGCGCGCCGUCGACAACUACGUGCUCGACGUCGCCGCCGCGGCGGGCACUAAUACUCCGCAGGUGAACACGGCACUCGUCUUCCCGGGCAUCAUCUACGGCCCGGGCCAAGGUCCCGGCAACCAGAGGAGCAUCCAGAUUCCGAGCCUGGCCGACGCUGUGCUCAAGAGGGGGCGCGGCGUUCAGGUCGGCCGGGGCCUGAGCCGCUGGGCGAACGUUCAUGUGCAGGACGUGGGGGCGCUCUUUGUCGCGCUCGUCGAGAAGGCGAUUGCCCCCCGCGCGGCGAAAGAUGCGCAGCUGUGGAACACGAAUGGAUUGUAUUUGACGGGAGUUGGCGAGAUGCCGUUCAAGGAAAUCUCGAGGGCCGUUGCCCGCGCAGCCGCCGCCAAGGGCUUCAUAGCCGACGGCGAUAUCGUCGAUGAGGUGCCUGCCGACGAGGCCGACCAGGCAUUGCCACAUGGUCGCGUGCUGUACGGAACGAAUGCCAGAGGUGAAGGCAGGCGUGCGCGGGAGCUGCUUGGAUGGAGCCCGCGAUUCGGCAAGACGGGUCUGGACGAGGAGAUUCCGCGAGCUGUCGACGAGGCGGCCAAGUCCCACGGCAAGGCCUGAGCCGUCAUCUCUUCUAGAUACCAAUCGAGAUCGCACCUCAGAGUUCAUGCUGCUACAUUGCGGUGCGGCGCAUGCAGCCUCGUCAGGGCUUUUCGAACAGCACUCUCCAUGUCUGUCCAGACAAUGUCAUGUGGGGUGCACAACUGCAUGAUACUCAGCAGUAUCAGCAUCGAGCGGAUCUCACAAGUGAGCGCCAUGGACCACACGUUGUCGGACAGCAUGGACAUGCUCUGUUUGUCUGGACGGUGCCCGGUCAUGUCGCUACCCAGGCCAUUCAUACGAAGUAAAUUGAUGUUCACUUGCAUGCUGUGUGUUACGUACGAAGUGGAUAGACGGGGAAGGCGAUUCUACAGACCACCUAGCAUCGGGCCGGCUGCUGCUACUUCGUAUCAAG